CCGUGGGCGUUGUGGAAGUCCCGCUACCGAGGUCUUGUGUGGUUGCGACGCACUAUGUUCCAGGUGUAGCGACUGUUGCCUUGACUACACCGAGCAAUGUCCCCUCCAAGAUGGCGUGGGUCGCCAGGAUGAAUCAGGCGUAGACACACUAUUGUCAACCGGUUCUUUUACCUGUGUACUCGUCGACAAUGAACGAGCCGUCAUUGUACACAACUGCAGUCUAGCAAACUGGAAUGCGUCUCAAAUCUCAGCUCAGUGUGAGAGAAACUUCUCGGCCAUCCUAGUGGACCACGGAGAGGGAGUGUACUGUGUUGAGUGUAAAGCCAUAACAGAGUCCAUUAGUGCCAGUUUCUCAGUCGAAUACGGUAAAUCUAGUCAUUUCGGUGGUUGCGCCCGCUGGUCUCGAAGUACUUCUUGGCCGAAAUCCUGACAUCUGGGUUCCUGAAUCACCGGCAGUUCUCCUUUUACAAGACCAAAUUGAGUGUUACAAAAUGGAGUUCAACCUACUGGUACUGCCUAUGGGCAAUUCUUCAGGUAUAAUGAAAGAAAUGGUUACACGGUGUUUCCUUAACACUUUGGGAUGGCAGAAUAUCCAGCUGACCUGGCCUUUUUAUUCUUCAUUUAUCGAGAGCAAACUGCUGGCCCUGGCCAGGGGAAGGCCGGAGGUGACAACUGAGUACCUCACUAAUGUCACAGAAUUCGAAGAAAUAUUGGACCUCACGAUUGCAUCCUCUCACGAAGAAGGCAGCUCAAGGGAUUGGGUAGUCAACUGUGGAGUUGAGCAGGUUAAUUUUACGGAGGUUUGCAGUACAGCUCUGAACGUGGAUGUCGACAAAACCGUCAAUAUGUUGUCUUGUGAUCUUUUUUUGUUUGCUGCAAGAGCAGCAGAUGUUAGAGUAUUUAAUAUGAGUGGUGUGCAGAUCAUUUACGUCGGUGGUGGACUGCUUGUUGUGGCUAAGUCGGUCUCUUUCGUUCGCAGCUACCAAUAUGGGACAUUUAGCAGUACAGCUAAAGACACCAUUGUCUCUGUAUGCGGAGAAAAAUUUGAGACCGCAGACUGUCGCCUGCCCCUCACUAGAGAAACGAUGAUGAUCAGCGACGCUGACGGAAACCGAAGGCUUAAGUACAAAGGGAAGAUGUUUUUGCAAGACCAGGUUACCUACCUGCCGGAUGGCUGGAUCCUGAUCUGUUCGAGCAUCUUCUUGGUUUCGGAGGAACCCUAUAUAUCGUUCUCAGACCCACUCACUGUGCUGAAUUUCGUUGGUUAUUGCUUAUCCAUCGUCGCUCUCUUGGCAACCUUCGUCAAUUACUGCAUGUUCCGAGUCCUUCGGAAUGUUCCUGGUGCGGCUAUAAUGAGCCUGGCCGCUGCUUUGUUCUUGGCUCAGCUUUUGACCUUGACAGUGCUAGACAAGGUGGAGAACGUAACCUUCUGCAUCGCCAUGGCCGUCCUGAUGCACUACAUGUGGCUGGCCACUUUCACGUGGAUGAAUGUUCUGGCCUGGGACCUCAUGAGGACGUUCACCUCCAAACAGGCAGCUCGUCCCAAUAGGCGAAUCUUUCUCGGCUAUUGCCUGUACGGAUGGGGCCUACCUGCUCUGAUCGUCACCACUUGCCUGGUCAUUCACUCCAUCCACGGUCAUAGUCUGGGAUUUCGAUAUGGUGGUGAGCUAUCCUGCUGGGUGGUCGGCAAAUACGCGGUACUGGGUGCGUUCUUAGCCCCAAUGGUAUGCAGCCUGAUUGCAAACGUAGUCUUGUUUAGUUGGACAGUGCGAAGCGUACACGCCUCACUGGCAGCAGCGGCGAUGGUCCGUCGAGACAAAUCCAAGUCACGAGAGACACUCGGAGAGUUGCGGAUUUACUUCAAGGUAUCCUGCGUCAUGGGCUUCACAUGGCUCUUCGGAUGCCUUGGCAGCUUCGUCGACCACCAGGCCAUUUGGUAUCUCUUCAUCAUCCUUAAUUCACUGCAGGGGGUCUUCAUCUUUGUAUCUUUCGGGUGCAACCUGCGCAUCCGGAAUCUCUGGCGAGAGAAACUUGGCAUCAAGGCGGGGAGAAAGACCAAGGCAUCGCGGAAUAGUUCGAACAUCUCUAGCACUAGAACAAAUCGCACUCCAGCCAUGAGCGAGGCUGUAACCAUGACGACAUCCAUUAGCUUGCAUAGUGUGAAAGUAUCCACACCCAACUGAUGUUUAAAUGUAUGAAAUUGAAUUGAAUAUACUUCGUGAAUAUAGCUUCUUGAUUCAACAAAGCAUGCAGUAGCCUAUAGAGUGUGCUGUUAUAUGUAAUGGGUUGUAAUUUAAUUAUUGCAUAGCAUAGCAUAGCGUAGCAUAUGAUAAUGUAUAGUAUAGCACCCUACAGUAUUAUCUGAUAUGAUGUGUUACUUUAUUUAAUUUCAUUUUAAAUUAUUUUAUAAAUAUGUGUACAUUUUGACUUGCCGGUUCAUUGUGUUUGGUAAGACUUACAAUAUUAUGUCACAUUUCAUCUUUAAGGUUGAAAAUUAAGACCAUAAGAUACAUUGCUGUUUAGAUUUAUGAUUAAACAUGAAAAUCACAUUUUAAAUUAAUCUUUAAUUACCAAGAUCGCAAACUGGAUAAAAUCUAUUUAUACGAUCCAUAUCGGAUUUAAAAUUCAAGGUUCCAACAAAACUAAGGCGUUGUAGUUCCAAAAUCCUUGGAAUAUGUCAGUUUUGUUCAGAGUGCUUGGAAUAAAUGGGAAAUGAUACAUCGCUAACGCGCCAGGUGAAAACAUGUGAUUUCAAUUGCACAGGCUUUAUCGCUGCAUUUCCCCCGAAAUUUAAUAGUCAAAGCAUCUCCGGUAAAACACAUCUGCCAGAAACACCAUUCUUUUAAUUUAACGUUACGCUAUG